CUGCAGUGCAUGCAGCCUACCAAAUGUCAGAGCCAGACUCAUCGCUGCACUGAACACAUCACAUACCAAUCAGUGGCGAGGGAGGUGCAACAUCUUUUAAAAAGGUUUUGUUUGAUAAAUAGUCAACAUUUCCUCUUCACACCAGACCUGAACACAGACGGACACUCCGGCGCUCAACGACAAUAAACUCUACAAACGAGGAUGGGAAACUUCCUUCAGCCCGUCAUCAUUCUCUUCUCUCUGCUCGUCUCAACAACAGGUGCUGUGCAGGUGGUAUAUGCCCAGGUUGGAGAGACGGUUAACCUUAAGCCUCUAGAGUUACAAAAAUCACAGAAUUAUGUGUACUGGACAUUUAUGGACCUUCAACUUGGCUGGCGCAAUCACCUCGGUGGAAAGUCUCUGACCGACGCUGAAGCCUGGAAAAAUAAGCUGAGCAUGACUGACGACUCACUGAUCAUCAAAGACAUCCAACAAGAAAACUUUGGCACAUUUCAAGUGUCAGUGUCAAGUCAUUCUCCGCCCAUCUCGACCAUCGUACUUGUCAAAGUUGAGGUGAGUAAGAUCCCCGCGUCUCCUCUGCUGCCUGGAGAAUCUCUGUCUCUCCAUUGCAGCGCAGACGUUAGCCAGAAGCCUGAGAUUUACUGGUUGGAUCCCACAGGAGAGAGAAAGACAAAAAAUGACGGCAGUUUCUCCACAAGAGUCACAGGCCAACACAAUGGCGAGUGGACCUGUGUUGUCGCUCAACAAAAACAUGUCAAAAUGUCCAUCACAGUUGUGGAUCUUUCUCCAGCUCCUUCACAUGCUCAGUAUACGUCCACAUCUACACCCAUCACCAUCCCCUGCUCUCUCUCUCCUCACAUCACCUGGGAACAAAUCAAGGCUAAGGGCGUCCAGGAAGUUCACUGGCAAUUCUUCCCUCGGCAGUCUUCAGGCGUCAGUGCUGUUAAGGCACAGAGGCUUUUCUUUCUCUCGCUCGAGUCGAUGCUUUUCACUGCAGAGCAAAACAGAGACCUGAGGCCUGUUCUACAGCCCACGACAGGAAAUUUCACUUUGACCAGAAAGCAGGGCAGAGAAGAAGACGCAGGAGACUACGUGUGCAUGAUGAAAUUCAAAAAUGGCGUGACCCUGAACACAACUGUACGCGUGGACGUGCUGCAGAUCAUGGCCUAUCCAGGAGCAGACUUACAUCCCGGCCAGCUGCUCAACCUGACUUGCAGCAUUGGCCAUCCGCUGCCCUCUGACCUCAGGCUGCAAUGGUCACCACCCAAACAAUCACCUCAGGAGUUUGUCCAUCACUCUGCUCAUCUCACCAUCCCAGAGGUUUCCACAGGAGAUGCAGGAAAUUGGGGGUGUUCUCUGUGGGAGGGCAAAAGGCGACUGACGUCAACUGUGAUAACGCUGAGCAUCGAAUACAGACUGAACGUGUGGAUGUUGGUGAUCAUAUGCGGCGCUGCAGUCAUCGUCAUCCUCCUCGUCAUCCUCAUUGUCAUCCUCUAUCGACGCAGAAAUCGGAAGAUGAGACACCUCAGGCAUCAACUCUGUCGAUGCAAACACCCCAAGCCCAAAGGAUUUUACAGGACGUGAUAAAUCUCCCACAUGGACAUUUUUAAGAGGACAUGGCAACCAAUUAAAUUGCUGUCUAUGAUGAGGUGGAUUUUUUUUUUUUUGGAUCAUAUCUACAAACUGUGGACCUCUGUUCACAGAAAAAUGUAUCUUAUAGCUGUACAUAUCACACAACUUGGAUGGUUUCAUGUUCAUAUUGUAAGAGAAAAAAAAUCCAUUCAGUUCUAUUCAUUUUUUGUGAUCACUCUUAUCAGUUCCUGUUUAUAUUCAGGUCUUUUAAGAGUAAUUGCUAUGUGAUUUACAUGUGUAUUUUAUGAUUCUCUAUAAAAUACUGCAUUGGCUUAAAUACCUGCUGCUAUAAAUAUGUGCAUGUUCAUAUUGUUGACAAUUAAACUUUAUUAUUCAAAGCAGAACAGAAAUAUGUUUACUUAUAUAAAGUAUAUAUAUAUAUAUUUAUAUAUAUAUAUACACAUGCUGAUAUAAAGAAGAAUGAGCAUUGAACAAAACUGUCAAAAAUGUGUAAUGAAGAUUUUCUGUUAUUGUGGUCCCGGGCCCCUGCAGUUGUGUGUGUGGGGUGAUGAGGGCAUCAGUGGAGUGAGGUGGAAUCUCUCCACCACCACACAGUCUUCUCCUCAUCUGUCUCUGACUGUCCCACAAUCUUCAGAAUACAAAGAAGAAAAAAUCAGUGUGUUCUCUAAUGUGUAUGUGAGUGUGAAUUGGCUCUGACAUGCUGAAAUGGCCGAGUGGUUUUCCAUGUGUUUGAAGAAUCUGUGCUUCACCUGAAGAUUGCGUACAAUAAAAUAAAAGAAACAAAAACUUCUAAAA